AUGUCAAAUCCAAGUCCAAACGGUCCAAACAACGCAAAGCGACCAAAUGGGCGGACAAAUGCAUGUACGCGGAGCUUCUCGAGAUGCGCGACUCGGACCACCCCAUGGGAAGACGGCCUGCCCAAAGAUUUAGAGCGCGAGUGGGUCGCAUUGGCACCCAUACCCAAAGGCAAAAGGUGCAUUGCUGUAUCCUUUGCGCCGUCACUCUCCGGUCCAGACGAACACUGCAUUUUGGAUGAUGACGUUACGCAAACGGGAGUGCUUCACAUUCUUGAUGUUAUAAGGUGGCGGGGUACCGAUGUGGCACAGUGCGAGGCGGACUUUAGGUUUUGGUUCCGUGAUGCGCGACUAGCAGAGCUGGCCCCUCAACCAGAACCUACCCGGACAAUUGCCGGGGCGAGACCGUACCCGCAUCGUUUCCUAGGGGUGCCUUACUACCUCCCUCCUCUUACACCUACCGUCUUCCUCCAAACAAUCAUUCCCAUCGCCCAGGUCGCACAAUCAGAGGCGAACUUCGACGGAUAUGGAAAUGGAUACCGGGGAAGGAUCGGCAGGAGGAACCAAAUCUGA